UGCUGAUUAUGACAGCUGUAAUACACAGUGAUGGACGAGCUGCUGCCGCACCUAGCAUUGCCACAGACCUAAGCCCGGUCAAAUAACCUAAACUUUACCAGUGUAUUUAGUAGAGGAGUAGCAGGCGCUAGCAACUAGCUCAGCAAGUUCUACACGGUAGCUGUUUGUCCAUUCCUCACGUAAACUUCUUCCACUCAUGGCCUCUUUUGCUCCUCACAACUUCUCCUGGGUGGAGCCAGGCAAACUGGCCGGACUGGCAAUGCCCAGGAUGACAUGUGAAUACCAGUUUCUGCUGGACAAUGGCAUCAAACACCUGGUUUGCCUGUGUGAGCGGAAGCCUCCUUACCAUGACUCAUGCCCAGACUUACAGCUUCACCACAUUAAGAUAGUAGACUUCACUCCUCCCUCACCAAGUCAGAUUGAUAGAUUUCUCUCUAUCGUGGAAGAAGCCAACUCAAAGGGGGAGGGUGUGGCUGUCCACUGCAUGCAUGGGCAUGGGAGAACAGGGACCAUGCUGGCCUGCUACCUGGUAAAAACGAGGAAGAUUUCAGGGAUCGAUGCGAUCAACGAGAUCCGCAGAAUGCGGAGCGGUUCCAUCGAAACUCAAGAACAAGAGAAGGCGGUGGUGCAGUUUUAUCAGCGCAUUAAGUAACUUUUAGUAAAAGAAUGAAAUUUACUUUUUGAAAGUAGUAAAAAAAAAAAUUAAAUAAGCAUAAAAUAAACUGACUUGGUUACUUAUUAUCUGGUAAAUGGAAAAUA